UCCCCCGCCGCACCCCGCCCCGGCGCGAGAGGAGAGCGCGAGAGCCCGAGCCGCGGGCGGGCGGGCGGGCGGCGAAGAUGGCAGAGGCACCGGCCUCCCCCGCCCCGCUCUCUCCGCUCGAAGUGGAGCUGGACCCGGAGUUCGAGCCCCAGAGCCGGCCGCGCUCCUGUACGUGGCCCCUGCAGAGGCCAGAGCUCCAGGGGAGCCCGGCCAAGCCCUCGGGGGAGACGGCCGCCGAUUCUAUGAUCCCCGAAGAGGAGGACGAUGAAGACGACGAGGACGGCAGCGGUAGGGCCGUCUCGGCCAUGGCGAUCGGCGGCGGCGGGAGCCGCACGCUGGGCUCCGGGCUGCUCCUUGAAGACUCGGCCCGCCUGCUGGCUCCCGGAGGGCAGGACUCCGGGUCCGGACCAGCCCCCGCGGCGGGCGCGCUGAGCGGGGGGACGCAGACGCCGCUGCAGCCUCAGCAGCCACUGCCGCCGCCGCAGCCGGGGGCGGCUGGGGGCUCCGGGCAGCCGAGGAAAUGCUCGUCGCGGCGGAACGCCUGGGGGAACCUGUCCUACGCCGACCUGAUCACUCGCGCCAUCGAGAGCUCGCCGGACAAACGGCUCACUCUGUCCCAGAUCUACGAGUGGAUGGUGCGCUGCGUGCCCUACUUCAAGGAUAAGGGCGACAGCAACAGCUCUGCGGGGUGGAAGGUGCGUACCCACCUCGGGCGGGCGGCCGGACCUGCCGGGCCUCCUGCGCAGUGCGAGACGUGCCUUCGAUUCAUCGGAGCGCGCCUGCGGGCGCUGGGGAGAGGGGUUGGCACCGAAAGCCUCCGCUGUGAGGUUUCGGGGGGAUCUCUGUGA